UUAGAUAGUAUGCUUAAAGAAACAUUAAGAGUAUAUGCCGGUGUAUUACCACAUAAAUUAAUAUCCCCGUAUUAUACUUUUUCAAGCGGACAUCAAGUUCCAAAAGGUCGAAACGUUUAUAUUCGUGUACAUGACAUUCAUAAUGAUGAUAAUUUAUAUGGUCAAAAUUCGAAAGAAUUUGAUGCAUUCCGACAUUUGAAAAGUAAAUCGCCUGCGUCACGUAUUGAAAAGAAUUUCUUAACGUUCGGUAAUGGUAAACAUGCUUGUCCGGGACGUUUUUUUGCGGUAAACGAAAUUAAAGUUGCUUUGCAUCACUUAUUAUUGAAAUAUAAUAUUCGAAAAGUUGGCGAUGGAAAAAUUAAACCAAUAAUUAUGGGACCUAUGAUGUUUCCAAAUCAAGAAGGGAUAAUAUUUGAAAAGAAAAAGACCAUUGUUAAAGAUGGUUAUAAAAAUGAGCAAGGUUAA